CAGGCUAAUAACACAAGUCUUGCGGCUUACAAAGAACUGUCUUAGCUUCGACUUUAUUGGUAGUUCCACCGACGAGUCAGCAGAUGAUAUGAACAAUGUCCAGAUACCAACAGCUUGGCGUCCUGCAUUUCUUGAUGCAAACACAUUAAAAUUAUUUUUUGACUUAUAUCAAAUAUUACCAAAUGGCUUAGCCAGUUAUUCACUGUCGUGCCUAGUACAAAUGACAUCCGUUCGUCGAUCUUUAUUUAGUAACUCAGAAAGAACGAAAUUUCUCACAAAUUUGGUAGAAGGUGUCAAAAAUAUUCUCACCAAUUUGCAUGGUCUAAGCGAUCCAGAUAAUUAUCAUGAAUUUUGUCGAUUGCUAGCACGUUUGAAGUCCAAUUACCAACUUGGAGAGCUCAUAGCCGUUCCUUGUUACCCCGAAGCCAUAGAAUUGAUAGCAAAGUUUACCGUACAAUCAUUACAUAUGUGGCUCUUUGCUCCAAAUAGUGUGCACUAUUUACUUACCUUAUGGCAGCGUAUGGUCGCAUCAGUACCGUAUGUGAAAUCGCCGGAUCCGCACUUACUUGGCACGUACACACCUGAAGUUAUUAAGGCGUAUAUAGAGUCUCGUCUAGAUGCUGUGACGUUGAUUGUACGUGAUAAUAUGGAGGAUCCAUUAGACGAUCUUUGUAUGGUGCAACAACAACUUGAGCAGUUAUCGGUAAUCGAGCGCUGCGAAUAUAAUAAGACUUGCAAUCUUCUCGUUCAGCAUUUUGACCAAAAGGCCCGAGAAUACGAAAAUCUCUUACAGACACAUAAUUCAAGCCCCAUAGAUAUUACUGUUCAUGAGUUACAGCUGACAUGGUUGGUUUACAUAAUUGGUUCGGCUAUUGUUGGAAGACUUACUGUUACUACCAGUGAUGAGCACGAUAAUAUGGAUGCAGAGCUUGUUAUUCGUGUAUUGCAGCUAAUGAGUUUAACUGACUCACGUCUACCUCAAACUGGUUGCGAAAAGCUAGAACUCGCCAUUUUAAGCUUUUUAGACCAGGUUCGUAAAAUGCAUAGCAGUGAUCAGGCUCAAAAGGCAACUGUUUAUAAACGACUCAACGAAGUCUUUGGACUAAAUGAUGAGCAAAUGUUGCUUAGUUUUAUUAACCGCAAAAUUAUUACAAAUCUUAAAUUUUGGGGCCGGUCUGAGCAAAUAAUUACAAAAACUUUAGUCUUAUUAUCCGAUCUCUCUGUGCAUUUUAAUUCAGUGAGAAAAUUAGCUCGUCUAGAAGAAGUACAGUUUAUGUUAACACAUCACACAAGCGAACACUUUCCUUUUCUUGGUACGAGCUCUUCCCUGAACGAAAUGCGUUGCCGUACAAUGUUUUAUACUUCUCUAAGUAGGUUGUUAAUGUUUGAUUUAGGAGAAGAUGAAGAACGUUUCUAUAAUUUUCUUACUCCGCUUACAAAUCAGUUUGAAUCACUUGGAAAUGUGUUAAUGGAUACAAAAUGCUUUCCUAAUGAAGAGGUCAAAAAGGCAAUUAUUGGGUUAGCUCGGGACUUACGGGGCCUAGCAUUACCGCUUAAUGCUCGCAUUCAAUAUACAAUGCUUUUUGAAUGGCUUUAUUAUACGGAUUACUUACCUAUACUGCUUCGUGCAGUUGAAUUGUGGGCUCAUGAACCUGCCAUUACUACGCCUGUGUUAAAGCUAUUUGCUGAAUUAGUGCAUUGUCGAACCCAGCGUCUAGCAGGAAAUGUGUCUAGCCCUAUGGGAAUUUUACUUUUUCGUGAGGCUUCAAAACUUAUUUGCAUAUAUGGCAAUCGUAUUUUACACCUAGAAGUAACAACUGAUCAACUUUACCCGAUGAAAUUGAAGGGGAUAUCAAUAUGCUUCUUAAUCUUAAAAAAUGCGCUUGGAGGGAACUAUGUGAACUGUGGCGUGUUUAAAUUAUACGGUGAUGAUACAUUACAUAACGUACUUGAUAUCAUUGCCCAACUUAUUCUCUCUAUACGACAAAGUGAUUUAUUGGAGUAUCCAAAAUUGGCAUCGGCAUAUUACAAUUUGUUAAAUUGUUUGUCUCAAGAUCAUGUAACGUACCUUACCGCUUUGGAACCACGAGCAUUUGUAUAUAUAUUGGAGAGUUUGAACAAGGGCCUUGCAGCGUUAGAUUCGGCAAUUUACAUAAGCUGCUGUACAAUUUUGGACAGUAUUGUUUCGUACAUAUUUAAACAGCUACAAUUAAAAAGUAUCAACAUUCCCAAAUAAAAAGCUACGAAGUUUGUCACGA